AUGAAGAUCGCACUUCUAACCAUCGUCUUUACUCUCUUCUCCCUUUCCAUCGCCCACGUCAUUCCUGUCGGCACUCAACUCUCUCCAGCUCCAGUCGCCAUCAGAGGAGAAACGUCCGAAAUCGCCCCAAUUUCUGCUCAAGAGGAAGUCGAAGCUCGUGACUCCUGCGGCAGCUCUCCUUAUCAACAGCCUUGCAAUGCCGGCAAUAAAAUUGGAAGUGGAAAGGUCAUCAUGGGUGCACUUGGCGUCAUGGUCGCUGGACUUCUGUUACGGACUUUUGUAAGACAUGAUGAAUGGUGGAAUGAUACGAUGAAGAGCGUGGGACUAGGGCAGAUGACUGGACGAGCAUUGUGGUCGAGAAAUGAAUGUUGA